GUUUUACUUGCGUCUUGCUCGUCUUCUCACAGCCGUAGUCUUACACUCAGCCUGUCUAGCCUCCACUUUUCACUGCCACGCAGACACUAUCUCGAACCUGCAGUUUUACUGAAAUUGAAAAAUGAUGGAAGAAAGUGGAAUAGAGACAACGCCACCUGGGACCCCUCCACCGAAUCCCGGGGGCCUGGCUUCUGCUGCACUGUCCUCCUCCCCGGCUCCUUUAGCCGCAGCCAGCACCUUCUCUUCUCCAAGCGGGUCCUCUGUGCAGAGCCUGCCGCCACAGGUGUUCUCCACCCCCCAGCCGUCCCUGCCUCCUGUGCAGCCUGCGGCACCCUUGCCCUUUGUGCCAUCUUCACCGGUUCCUUCUGUUCCUCCACUCGUUACCUCUCUGCCACCUCCUGUUUCUCCACCGACUGGUGCUGCCUUCAGUCAUCCUCCUUUAUCCCACUUCCCGCCUUCCACCUCUGCCCCAAACACUCUCUUAUCUGCACCCCCUUCGGGUCCUCCCACUUCGGGAUUCUCUGUUGGCUCAGCUUACGACAUUACGAGGGGACAUGCAGGAAGAGCUCCACAGACACCCCUGAUGCCGUCGUUUUCUGCACCUCCAGUGACAGGUAUUUUGCCAACUCCUAUUACUCAGCAAGCUGGUUUGACAUCUGUGGCACAGGGAACUGGAACCACAUCAGCCAUCACUUUCCCAGAGGAGCAGGAAGACCCUAGAAUUGGUAGAAGUCAGGAUGAAGCUUCAGCUGGUGGACUCUGGGGUUUUAUUAAGGGUGUGGCUGGGAACCCUAUGGUGAAAUCCGUGCUUGAUAAAACAAAACAUUCAGUAGAAAGCAUGAUUACAACGCUGGACCCUGGCAUGGCUCCGUAUAUCAAAUCUGGAGGUGAACUGGAUAUUGUAGUGACCUCGAAUAAAGAAGUAAAAGUUGCUGCUGUCCGAGACGCCUUCCAAGAGGUCUUUGGCCUAGCUGUGGUUAUAGGGGAAGCUGGACAGUCCAACAUUGCCCCACAACCAGUGGGCUAUGCAGCAGGAUUAAAAGGUGCCCAGGAACGGAUAGAUAGCUUGCGUCGGACUGGAGUGAUUCAUGAAAAACAGACUGCUGUGUCAGUGGAAAACUUCAUUGCGGAAUUGCUUCCUGACAAGUGGUUUGACAUUGGCUGCCUGAUCGUUGAAGACCCUGUGCAUGGCAUUCAUCUGGAAGCAUUUACACAAGCCACACCAGUACCCUUGGAGUUCGUGCAACAGGCUCAAAGUCUGACUCCCCAGGACUACAAUCUGAGGUGGUCUGGCCUUUUGGUGACAGUGGGUGAAGUCCUGGAGAAGAGUUUACUCAAUGUCAGCCGGACUGAUUGGCAUAUGGCUUUCACUGGCAUGUCUCGUCGGCAGAUGAUCUACAGCGCGGCCAAAGCGAUAGCGGGCAUGUAUAAACAGCGCCUGCCCCCCAGGACUGUGUGAGAAGCCUGGCCCCGGGCUACUGACACUUGCUCACUUGGAGCUACUGGUAGAGAAGAGACAGACCCUUAAACCGGACAACUUUAGUCAGUCCAGCUGUUCUGAUCAUUUCCUGUAGGCUGCAGUUUUUCUUUUCUAGAAAGGUGUGGUAUCAUUCCAGUAGAUGAAAAGAAACAGGUCCUUUUUAUGAUUAUAUAAUUUCACGUACCAUAGUUCUCAAAAAAUGCAUAAAUAUUUUUAUAGGACAGUUUGAUAUACCAGAUUUAUAAGGUGCAAAUUCAUGUGCUGAGGUAUUUAACUUAAUGAUGUGUACUUGAUUAUUAUUUUGUUUUUUAAGAAAUAGUUGACUAAAGAACAUGUUUACUGAAUAUUGUUUAAAGGCAUUGUUUCUUUUAAUUCAUGAUUAAUAUCUUCCCUGCCAGUCUUUGAAGCUUUUCGUGUGUGCAUGUGAUCAGGUCUGAUGCUAAGCUGUGGGCUCACCAACAGACUGUAAGACACCUACUUGUAGGGAGAUGGUGCACUUUUCUAUGCAUAUUUUUAACAUGGGCCACAA